GAAUAUAUGUAUAUAUUUUAUGAGAAAAGAGAAUUCGAAGUUUUGAAAUCAUGGGUCAUCGCUUCAAUCGGAAACUUUAUAAUGUGUCUUGUCUAGCGUUUGAUCUUCGGUGAAUGAUCUGUAGCUAAAAGAGUUUCUAGUUCAAUAGUUGCUGUAAAUUUGAGAAUGGACAAUGGCAAAACUUCUGAAGAAAUGUGGCGUGAUAAAGGAAAAGCAGAAACUCGGAGCAGCUCAUUUACUACAGAAGCUGCAGCAGCCUCUGUGGAUUCAAACUCUGCAUCGCUAGCUGAUAUAUUUGACACUGCUUUUACUUCUACAGUUGAUCCAACGCCACAAUCACGUUUUCCAGCAGCUAAUGAAAUGGAGUAUGAGCAUUUAUUCGCAGAGAGUGAUAUAGAAGAAACUGAUGUGCUGCCUGUUGAGCCAUUUCCAACUCCAGCGCAUCAUUCAAAUUCUGAAAAUAAUCUUAUUUUCUGGCCAUACCUCCCACCUACUGAACGAAGUUCACAUUCACGAGAAUAUCGACAUCCAGGUCGGGUGAACUGUAACAUGUGCCAACAUAGACAGGAUAGAAACGUGCACAAAGAUACUGUACAAGCACUACCGGAUGGCAAACCUUGUGAAGAGAGAGUAUGUGACAAUUAUCGACGGAAAAGAAUUUUACAUGGAGGAGAUAUUCCAGCUAAACAUAAAUCAAAGAAAAAUGAAGAGCAAAAACUAAAAAAUAUUCAGCAUGUCGAUAGAUUGAGCAUACCAGGCCCGUCUAGGCUAUUAGACUUUCCCGUCGAUUACAGUGUAACUGGUUCUGCAAGCCAGUUCGGAAGCACCUCAGACGAGGGACCACGUGAUAUUCAGAACCCUAAUACUGAUGAACCUACUUUAUAUCCUGCACAAGUAGAGUUUAAACCAACUCCAGAAAGAUCUCAACAAUCACAUCUAAAACACACCUCGAGAAAUGAUGAAGUGCCAUCGGCUCCUGACUUACAAUUGGAUUGGUCAUCGAGCAGUGAAAGUGAGAAUGAAGAGGGCUCUGUAGAAGUACUUGGAACCAUAAAUCAUAACAAACCAGUUUCACAAAAUGGAAAUCAAGCCACAGGACCUGUGCCAGUGGUUGAUCUUACCACAGAGUCAGAUGACGAACAAACCCCACCCCAACCUUAUCAGAAUGAGCCAACAAUGAAUUCUGGCAAUCACUUCCACAGUCACAUACCCCAUGCUCAUAGGGUAAAUUCUUGCUGUAUGCAUGGGCCUCCGGAAUAUGCUCAUCAUCAAGUACCGGGGUACUAUCCUACUUACCAUCCAGAAGCAGUCAUUGGAGUACCAACCCCAAGGAUUCAUCCAGUGCAUGAGCGAUUGUGGUUGAAUCAACAACGAAUACAAGAAAUGCAUCGGCGUAGACUUGGUCCGCAUUCAUCUCAUCUUUUAUGUAUGCCACCAAAUCCACAAGUGCCACAGCCAGGCUUGCAUUUGUGUAGCAGUAGCAGUGGCAUUAAUUCAAAUGCUCGUUGCAGUGGUACGGAGGAACCAAUGUACACAGAAAAUUAUCAGUCACCGCUACCUCCACCGUCUCCACAGCAACCUACUGUCUACAGUCGCCCAGAAAUUCUGCCCCCCAACAUGAUGAUUGGAAACCCCUGUCCACCACCCGUUAUGAUAAAUCCCAUUCACCCGCCCGAGCCCAUGGAGCCAGGACCUGACAUGCCUUCAAUGCCGGUACAUCAACACGUACAUCAUCAUAUGUACCACUACCAUCCACCACCAGCUCCUCGACAAAUUCCACCACGCACACAUCAUCUACACAUCAGUUUCAGCUCACAUAUGCAUUCAGGUGCCGUGUUACCUAACUGUAGGCGUGGAGGCCCGGAAAUGUUACUGGUGCUUCACCAAGCACGCAUGUCAGCACGUCUCGAGCAUUAUAUGCGUAUAGUAGAUCAACGACGUAUGACACAUAUUAGUUGCGGAGCCACACAGGAAUCUAUUGAAAGCCAUACAUUCCCACAUAAAUACAAGCGGGUGAAAAAGAUAGAAAAUGGGGAAGACUCUGUAGAAAAAUGUACAAUCUGCCUCUCCGAAUUUGAAGAUUGUGAAAGUGUCAGGAGGCUUCCGUGCAUGCAUCUAUUUCACGUAGACUGCGUUGAUCAGUGGUUGUGCACCAACAAGCGAUGUCCUAUAUGCCGUGUGGAUAUUGAGACUUUUCUUCACAAGGAGUUCUCAGCUACAGCAUAGCUCAAGGUCGAUAGAAUUUAGUAAUUAUUCCCGUCUUGUAAGUAUAGUUAUUAUUCAGAAACUUACUGCCUACAUCGGCAAAACAAUUUUGCAUGUUCUUUUUUUUUCUUCUCAAGUAUGUAUUGAAUGCUUCUUUGUCAUAAUGUGAUUGAAAAGAAGGAAGAAAUUGUGCAACCCCAAACUUAUAAAAAAUUAAGUGAAAGACCUAGGCUCCAGAUUGUACUAGAUGUAUUAACCAUAGUGUAUACAUCGAAUCGCUUUAAAUAAUUAUUGUUAAUCGAAAAAGUAGGGAUAUACAUAUUUGGGUGUUUCAGAAAAGACUUUUUUCGUCGACAACAGACGUCUGUUGAAAUCUGAGCUCUUAAUAUUAAUAUUUACAUGUCCCUCAUCGCACUUUUUUACUUUCCAUAAAAUUAACAUGGGAAAAAUAUUAUUUCUUGUUUUUGAAUUUUGUUACUCGCCAACAAAUUAGUAUACAGAUAUGACCAAAAUAUAUUUUUGUAGGAAAUUGAACGCUCUUCGCUAUGGAACGUUAGGGAAUUGAAGGCGUCUUUUUAGGAUCCAAUGAAAGUUUUUGAGUUUGUUCCCAGAAGAAAAAAAAAAAAAUUCCUGAAACACCCUAAUGCAUAGUGAUUUCGAUUUAUCGAUCACCGCUCAUUAUGAUCCGUAUUUUUUUUCUACUAAGACAACAGUUUUCAAUUGAUCGCGAAUGGGUGAUCAUGUAGACAAAUCUCGUUUCAAAUGGAAUGAAAUAUAAAUAAUCUGUGUCGUCAAUUCGUGACUUUUGUUUUCUUGGGCACUAUUUUACGAGAAAUAACACAAUGGAAAGAGACUGAAUAAUUCUAGCCGAUUAUUCGGCAUGAACUUUAUCUGUCUUCCAAUCGAUUUUGUUUCAAACGUGACAAAUUUAAAUUAGUGUCAUCCUCAUUUUAGUUCUUGUGACGCCAAAGUAUCAGAAAAGAGAUUCAAGUCUGCGUUUGAACUAUCCGGUAAACUACCCAAGAACUGUUUUAAUGUUGAUAGCUCAAUUUUAAUAUCUGCAUGUGUACAUAUUUAUUCGCUAUAUUAUGAUUCCAUUAUGAAUUAUUUUAACUAUAGUUCAUCAUGGGGCACUUUGUUUCGUACAAUUUUUAAAUGGUGCUAAGCAGAAAAAUUUUAAUAGGGUGAACUUUAUUAUUUUCUUUUGUAUUAUAUAAUUAUUGUGUUAUAUGUAUGUCAUUUUAUUUGUGUAUUCAUCUUUAUACAAUUACGGAUAAUAACAAAUAUCGUUUAUUAAUUGUGUGAAACAUUAAUUUAUUAUACUAAAUAGUUGUGGUAUCAAUUCAUAUUGAUAACUGAUGACCGAAACUAUCUCAAUGAAAUAUAUACCUAUAAUGUAACAGAUUUAUGAUCAUAGUAAUUUCAAUUGGUUAUUAAAAAAUUUAAGGAACAUUACUGAGAUUAAACAAAGUAUUAAAAUGCCGAAACAAAAAAUCCUCCGAACUACUCGUACUGUUGAAAAAAACUGUACAGUCAUCAAUUCAAGCAGCUUUCUUUAGAAUUCCAUGCUGAAAAUUUUCACGUUUUUACUAGAUCAAUAGAUCAAAAUUUUCAGUAAGAAUAAUAUACAUACACGUAGUACGCUAUUACAACCAAUUGUUGCAUACACUUAUCUUGUGGAUAGGAAUAAGUAUGAAAAAUAUAUCAUGAUUGCUUCUUUGAUCCUUCAUUGUUGGUAACAAACAGUUCAUUAUGUUACUAAUGUUAUUUCUGUGAACAAAAUCAAUGUGCAAAAAUUGCCUUGCCAAACAACAGUUUCUCCUCCCUUAUUCGAGAAAUAUACAUAUAUUUCCACGUAUUUUAUCUUUUUUUCACUGUUCAAACGAUAAAGUUCCUUUUUUUAAUUGAAAAUGAAAUAUUUAAAUCUCAAAAGACUAGAAAGUAAAGGCUUAAUCAACUGAGGUACUAUUGCCGUAUGUCUUAAUAUUUUUAUCGGAGAAUAGCUGCAGAUAUAAUAUGCAUAUAAAUAAUAUCUACUACAUUUGUAAUUAAUAUUUUCAAUGCUUUUUAAUUUAUAAAUGGAUUUCUUUUGUAUGAUUGAAGUAAUUCGCAAAAAAAUGUACACAGAGUAUAAACAUUAGUGAAAAUGAAAAAUAUAUGUAUGAUGUUAAAUUAUCUCAAAAACGAGGAUAAAACAGUGGAAAAAAUUCUUUUACACGAUGCUUAUAUAUAAUAAAAUGUAUAUCAAUUCAAUGCAAUAAAAUGAGUUUUGUAUCAAAUACUAGAAUAAGGAUUUAUAGGCGUCAGAGUAUAUCAUUUUCAACGAAUUUAGACUUAUAUUCGUGGGUUAUUUACAUAUCUAGGAAUAUGAAGGGCGGUAUUCAGUCAGCACCCUGCACCCUGAUUCUAAUUGCGAAGCGCCAACUUUCCAUUCAAAGCUACUCACUGGUUGGUCAAGACAGCGUAUCCCAUCCCUGAUACGAUGGGAUACUCACUACUGUAUACAUAUGCAACUCAUAGCUUAUAGAGAACGCAACUAGACAAGGUAUUCGACGAAUUGAAUGCAACUGCGCAGUCGGCAAAGCGUUCGUCAACUUUGCAGUAAAUUUUAGGUUAUUUGACGUUUGUUUGAAUCUUGAAAAAUAUUGUUUGCAGAGUAUACGGUGUGGUGGAUGGAACAGAAUUAACAUGUCAGAAAAUUCGACGAAUGACGAAUACGCCCACGUCUCCAAAGGACCCUUGAAAUUGAAAUGUGACUCGGCAGUGGUGAAAAA